UACGAAACGAGAAGGACAAAUGAUAUGGCAGAACACGUGUAUAGUUACAUUUACUAGCUGUUCUAUUUUAUAAUGUUUGCAUGUGUGUGUGUUGUGUGUGAGAAAUAGAGAAAGAGAAAGAAAUUAAAAAAUACUAAGCUUAGUCUGCUAUAUCUUUCUGUCAAACUACAAUGUUCAUCGGUGUAACGUAUCCGUGUAUAAUUAAUAAGACGAGUCGAUGAAAGUAAUUACAAUUGUGUAAAAUGAAUAAAUGAAAUGUCUUUUUGCGAAUUUUUACGAAAGAUGUGUCAUGUAGGCCCGUGAAAUGAAAAUAAAUUAAUGAAAUUAAUCAAAAGUAUGUUGUAAGAAUGCCAUCGGAAAUAAAAAGUAUUGACGCUUUAAGUAGCCAAGAUGAGGAAAGAGAAAGACCUGCAGAAGAGUUGGCAACGUCUAUAAAAGCAAAUACGAAUAAUACUUCAUCGAAUGUAGAUAAUAACAAAGAGACUUUUACAUCAAAUGAUAGAACUGAAAUAAUAGAAGAAGCGGGUAACUCUUCCAUAUCAUUUGAUAAUCAAAUAUUACCUGAGAAUGGUUCUUCGCAACAAGGGGAGAUUGAAUCUCUCCAAGAUAAAAUAACAAAUAAUGUUAUUUAUACUACGCAAAAUCCAAAUAAAAAAGAAACUCUACAAACGAAUGUGUCAUACGUAUUAGCAUCUAAAGAAAAAUAUGAUGACAAAAGUGAACUUUCCAAAGAUGUUAGCAUCAAUGAGAAUGCUAUGUACGAGGAACUUGCACGAACUUCAAGUCCAAUGCCUGCAUUGUUGUCACACAAAAAUUUAAUUAGGAAGAAGAUCUUCUUUGCAAGUUCGGACAAUGAAUAUGAAAAAUUACAAAUUGAUCUUGAAUCAACGUUUCACGAUAGAAAUUUAAUCCAAGAAAAAUCUGUUAAUUGGAAUUCCAGAAACGAACAACCAGAAGCUAACAAUGACAGUAUAUCAACUAGUUUAAAUUCCAAAGGAACAAAAGAUAAUUGUAAUGAUAUGAAUGCAGAUAAAUCGGCACCAUUUUCUCAUGAAUUACCUGAUAUACAUUCGACGUUUGAUAAUGGCUCAGCAGAUGUUAGCAAUGCUAUGAAUUUAAUGAAGCUAUUAAAACUGCCUAACGAUAGUGAUAAUGAUUCUUUAUUAGAUAGUGCCAGUGGUUUUACUAAGGAUAAUUCAUUUGUGCCAAAACGGUUGUCAAGUCCACUACCUACUCAAACAGACUCGCUUGAUUCCCAUUAUAACUUAAUCACUGCUAUGAAGCCAUUAAGCAUACAAGAUACUGAUAAUAAAGAAUUGGUUGAUGAUGUUAAUGAUACCAAUGUUUUAUGUUUACGUAGAAUGAAUGGGACACCACAAUUGCAAGAUAGUUUUACAAAUUUGCCGCACUGCAGCAAUUUUAUGAUUACCAAGGAUAAUUUGCAAUUAGAUGAUAUUAACCAUAAAGACUCAUUAGGAAAAGAUAAGUACGAUGUAAAUAAUUUAAAUAAAAUUGAUUCAUUAUCUGCAAAUACAUCCAAAAGUGAUAUGCUGGUUGAAAAUAUGUUAACUGAUAUGCCUCAUAAUAAUAUUAUAAAGGGGAAGAAAUUAUUUAAAAUGUCCAUUUUGAGAAAUGUAGAUGAAGCUGCAGCGAUUCAGCCAACAGAAUUAGAAGAAAAUGCUAUAGCACUUUUAGAACCAUCCGUUUCUAGGCAAGAAACUUUAUUAGAGGAAGCACAAAGUAUAGAAAUGGAUCCUCGUUCUUCAAAUAGUAGCGAUGGAAGUAAUUCUGAUACAGAAUCUCAACAAGCUAUUUCAACUCGUAACAGAUCUGCAAUGAAAUUAACCGAAACUAAUGGUAUAAUAACUAAAGAAGGGGUAGAAUAUUAUCAGCUGUGGCGUAGCACUGCCGGACUUUCACCCCCUGAGUCUUUAUAUGAAACGCUCUAUCCAAAUCCCCCACCCCUUCCACCAAGAACAGUGAACAAAUUCUUGCACAAAAGGAAUGCAUUGCUACCAGAAUUACCAAAAAGGCAUCUUUCUAAAUACCCCGCGCCUUUGCACCCUUCAGACUGUUUUGGAUUUGAGAUUGUAGAUGUUGACGAAGCAUCUAAUUUAAAGACAAGAACAGCAGUAACCACAAGUAUAGCAUUGUUAAGUUCACCAAGAACUCAUAGAUCAUUGACAAGACCAGAAACAGGAGGAUCGUCUAAUUCAUCAGAGUGUCCUCCAACACCAACCCACCGUCCAAAACCUUUACGACCAUUACCAAUGUGUCAAACGUCAAAUAUAUCAUUAUCUUCAGAAGAACCGUUACCACCUUCAUGGGAAGCACGAAUAGAUAGUCAUGGUAGAGUAUUCUAUAUAGAUCAUAUUAAUCAUACUACAACAUGGCAAAGACCUACAUUAGCUACUCGUAAUACGGGUUGUGAUCUUCGAAGACAACAACUUGAUAGGCGUUAUCAGAGUGUUAGACGUACUAUUUCUCGGCCUGAUAACAUUGAUCGUGAGCCUUGUAAUCCCAGUACAAAUGGAAAUCAUAGCGAAAAUAUCGAAAGACAAAAUGACAGAUCUACUGAGAGAACAGAUUCUGAGAAUUUUGAUAUUACAACAAUACCACCGGUGCUAUUUUUAACAAGACCUGAUUUUUUCAAUGUCCUUCAUACUAAUGUCGAAGCUAUGGAAUUAUACAACCGUAAUCCAAGUUUAAAGCAUAUGAUUAGUAGAAUUAGAAGAGAUUCCGCUAUAUUUCCAAGAUAUGAACAUAACAGAGAUUUAGUUACUUUAAUUAACUUUUUUGCUGAUCCAACAAAAGAACUCCCAAGAGGGUACGAAUCGAAACUCGACAGAACGGGCAAAAGAUUUUUCAUUUGUCAUGCAAGGAAAGCUACGUCAUUUAUUGAUCCAAGAUUACCAACUGAAGCUGCACAUCCAAGAAUGUUACUGGAUGAGGCACCUACACCACCACCCAGACCACAACAAUCUGCUAUUACGACAACGCCAGAUAUACCUGUAGCUUACAAUGACAAAGUCGUGGCCUUUUUAAGACAACCAAAUAUAAUGGAUAUUCUAAAGGAAAGGCAUUCAGCAUUAGGACAAAAUAUAGCAUUACGUGAAAAAGUUAAUACCAUUAGAGUAGAAGGUACCACAGCUUUACAACGACUGGGACAUGAUGUACCUUUAGCAUUAUUGUUAAGUUUGUUCGAGCAAGAAAUUAUGUCAUACGUACCUGGAAAUGUUGGAAGAUCCCCAAUUGGUAGUCCACAUGCAUCACCAGGUCUAACAAGAGCUUCGGCCAGAGCACCAGCUCCAUAUAGAAGAGAUUUUGAAGCUAAACUUAGAAACUUUUAUAGAAAAUUAGAAAGCAAAGGAUAUGGACAAGGACCAGGAAAACUUAAGUUGCAUAUUAGGAGAGAACAUUUGCUGGAAGAUGCUUUUACACGUAUAAUGGCUGCUACUAAGAAAGAUUUGCAAAAGGGCAAAUUAGUUGUUAUUUUCGAUCACGAAGAAGGUUUGGAUUAUGGCGGUCCAUCUCGUGAAUUUUUCUUUCAUCUAUCACGUGAACUUUUUAAUCCUUAUUACGGAUUAUUCGAAUAUUCGGCGAACGAUACAUACACCGUUCAAGUAUCUCCUAUGUCAGCAUUUGUUGAUAACUAUCACGAUUGGUUUAGAUUUUCAGGUAGAGUUUUAGGUUUGGCAUUAGUUCAUCAAUAUUUAUUGGAUGCGUUUUUUACAAGGCCGUUUUACAAGGCACUUUUGAGAAUACCAGCUAGCCUAAGCGAUUUAGAAAGUUUGGAUCAAGAGUUCCAUCAAAGUUUAAUGUGGAUUAAAGAAAGGGAUAUAAGCAUAGAACCGUUGGAAUUAACUUUCUCUGUAACUGAAGAACUUUUGGGUCGUGUAGCUGAACGUGAGUUAAAGCCAGGUGGAAGAAAUAUCGCUGUUACAGAAAAAAAUAAAAAAGAAUAUCUUGAAAGAGUUGUACGUUGGCGAUUAGAACGUGGCGUCGCUGAACAAAUAGAAUCACUUGUCCGGGGCUUCUACGAAGUGGUAGAUCCUCGAUUGGUAUCGGUCUUUGAUGCACGCGAAUUAGAAUUAGUAAUAGCAGGUGCUGCUGAAAUUGAUCUUAACGAUUGGAGAAUGCAUACGGAAUAUAGAAGCGGUUAUCACGAUGCACAUCCUGUGGUAGAAUGGUUUUGGAGUAGUAUAAGCCGUUUCUCGAACGAACAACGACUUCGAUUAUUACAAUUUGUAACUGGAACUUCGAGCAUUCCAUACGAAGGAUUUGCAGCCUUACGUGGAUCUACUGGACCAAGAAAAUUUUGUAUUGAAAAGUGGGGAAGACCAAACAGUUUACCCAGAGCUCAUACUUGCUUUAAUCGUUUGGAUCUUCCACCAUAUCCUACACCGGAAAUUUUAUAUGAAAAAUUAUUAUUAGCGGUGGAGGAAACCAAUACCUUUGGAAUCGAAUAAAGCAAUGUGAUGUAGUUUAAAUUUACAAAUUAUAAACAAUAGUCUAAUAUAUUGAAUCUUAUAGUAUAAUGAAGAUAAUUGAAAACUUUUUCAAAUCGCAGCUGAAAGCUUCGUUAAAACAACGUGUUUAAAUAUUCCAAAUUUUGUAAGAGAAAUUUAUUUUCUUUUUUAAUUUUGUUUUUCUACGAAAAGCUAUCAAAUAUGUAUCAAUAUGUACAUAAGUAGAAGUAUAAUCUUGUCUCUUUGUGUAGCAAAUAUUAUUAAUAGUGCGUGGUAGAAACAUUCUCUCUGUUCGUCCAUGUUUUCUUUUUUCAUACGUCUAGUUAUUUCUAAUAUAUUUUCUAAUUGAGAUAUCUAUACAUUGUAUAGUGUAAUCUUGAAAUGAAGUAUAGUUAUUAAUUAACGGUAAAAAUAUUGCAUUUCUGUUAGAUAUAAUUAAUAUGAUAUAAUAAUAAUAUAAUAUAAAAGAUGUCGUAAGAAGCAUGUAUUUCUUUGGCAGCUGAUCUUUUUUAAGAUUUUUAAAAAACGAACAGUAAUGUUACGUAUUCGUGGUUAUCUAUACGAAGUUAUGGAUGUUUUACGUUUUAAAAGAAUACCUUUAAUACAUGCAAAUGUGUAUAACGAUUAAACUCAAAGCUCCAAAAUUGGAAAGUAUCCCCACCAAGUGCUAUUAUCGCUUCUCGCUCUAUCGUAUUCUAAUAUUUGAUAAUAUUUCGAUAAAUGAAAAUAUUAAAAUUCCAAUGGUAUUAAAAUUAUAUACUUUUCUUCUUUUCAUUGAAUGAUACAGUUCUCCGAUGUUAUAAGUGCUUUCCAAAGUUUAUAUUACGAGUUAUAAUAAAAGUAUAUAAAUUUUAAACAAAUUUAUGAAUAGUUCGCAAAAUGAUGCCUGAUAAAAAUAAUGAAUAAUAUAACAGCAGUUUUUAUCAUUUAAACUUUCCUAGAAUUUAAGUAUAUUGAAUUUUCUAGUCUGUAUUUCAUAAUAUUCUAUCAGAAAUAGCAAUUUUGUGAAUCCUAUAUUUUGCAACAUUCCAGAUUUACCGGCUUAAUUGUAGUAUAAUUAGAGCGAUAUAUAAUAUUUAAAAGAAAACUGGAUAUAUAUAAGCAUGAACUAAGUUAGUAUUUACAUAUUGAUUGUGGAAUAAUUAUUUAAAACAUGAUAUAUCUUUAUUUAGAAAAUAUGUAGUAUAAAAUUCGGUUAUAAUUAAAAUAGUGAUCUAUUGUCAAAAAUUCAACAUAACACGAUUACAUGUAUAAUAUUUGAUUUUGAUAAUCAAAUAAUUUAUGCGCAAUGAUACAAUUAAUAAUAUUGCUGUUUGCAUCAUUAUAUAAAAUCAUAUAAAAAUUAGAAUUAUGUAUACAGGGUGAGGCAAUAAUUCUGUCCAUUUUGAAUAUCUCUGUUAUUUGUAGAGGAGAUUUCUAGGUCAUCUUCAUUUUUUAAAAUGAGAUAGCCGAUGUUAAGACAAUUUCACAUCAAGAUAUUAGUAAAAGUAAUUUAAGGUCAAAUAUAUAUGGUAGUCAAAUAAACUUUCUUACAUUAUAGAAGAUGUUCGAAAUUAUGACGAUUUGUGUAAAUGCAAAAUUAUAAUCUCGGUAUCGCUAAAAGACACAUACACGUUUUAUUGUCCGUUGAUAUGUCCUAUUGUCAUAGUACCAUUGACACAAAUGGUUUCAAUUUCGAAUAUUUUCUGUAAUGUAAGAAAAUUUAUUUUAUUUGCCGCACCCUGUGUAUAUAUAUAUAUAUAUACCUCUUACAACUUAUUUGUUUGAAACUUUUCAUCUUGUCUGUAUCUCGUUGCAUGACUAGCAAAAUAUUUCUAACAUAUUAUAGAAAGAAAGAAAGAAGAAAAAGAGAAAAAAAUAUUUCACAAUAUUUCACAAUGUUUCUAAUGUGUAAAUUAUUUAUUUAAUAGAAAUAUUAUCGAGUUAACAUAUAAAUAAUGCAUAUUAAAACUGUGUUAAGUAUUUCAUAGAAUUACUUACUUGUAUUGUUCAGGAAGAUGUUAAAUGAUACAACACUUUCUUUUGUCUGUAAGAAAAUAGUUGCAUAUUUAGCCUGAAUUAUUAAAACUUACAUUAGUAGUUUUUCCGAACUAGUCAUGUGUAGUACAUAAGUGAAAAUUUAUCACAUUACGCACACUGUAUUUACAUAAUAUAUAUAUACAUAUAUAUAUAGAGAGAGAGAGAAAGAGAAAGAGGGAGAGAGAGAAAGAGAUGUUAGUUAUAGAUAUUCAUAAUAUUUCUAAUUAUUGAAUUUCUUCUCAAAAAAGUAGUAGGAAAUAAAACUGUACGUGCGCGCUAUAUCAUGUUAUUAAAAUAUAUUAUUAGUUUACACAUUCAUUCUUAAAAUAAUAUAAUCGUAUUGUAAAAUACAUAAAUAUAUACACUGUAAAACUUAUGCCUGUGA